GAACAUAAUCCAAAUUGGACUAUCCAUCCACACACACCACAUGUUACUAUGUUGAACGCAGUGGUAUAUUGGUGAUGAAUGAACCAGCCAGCCAGCCAGCCAGCCAGCAGAAGUUACUUAAGUCAACAAAGAGACGACAACGAAGUGGCGCGAAACAAAUACCAUAGCUACUGUUGUGGUUACAACUUCCUUUACGUUAACCACUAUCGCAAAAUCCCAAACUAACAACUUUCAAUUCAAGCCCCAAAUAUCACCAUGCUAUUUUUCACUCUCUCACAAAACUCUCAACAAACUCAAUCUCUUUUCAUUCCCAAACAAAUCUAAUUAACCAAACCAACCACCGCUUCUUUCAAUUCCAUUUCCAUUCCAUGGCUUCCGUUCCUUUCACUUCUCAGCCACUCGGUUUCGUUACUUCGGACAGAUUCCGGUUCGCGAGGGUUCAGAAGAAUCAGAAACUCGGAUUUCCUGUUUCUAGAGCUGCUUCUGGUUCUGGUUCUGCUGCUUUAGCAUUUCGAGAUCUUGAUGCUGAUGAUUUUCGUCAUCCUCUUGAUAAACAGAAUACAAUGAUGCUGAGGGCGAUUCCGGGAUUGAAAGAAGUGGGCAAAGCUCUUCUAGGAACUGUAACUGAGCAGGUCAUGCUCCUUGAGAACAUAGGGACAUCUAUUCUUGUCUCCAAAAAUCAGCUUUCUGAUCUUCACAACUUAAUGGCGGAAGCUGCACAAAUAUUAAAUGUCAGUGCCCCUGAUCUAUAUGUUCGUCAAAGUCCUGUGCCAAAUGCAUAUACAUUAGCGAUAAGCGGUAAACAACCAUUUGUUGUUAUUCAUACUAGCCUAGUGGAGCUUCUGACAAGAGCAGAGUUGCAGGCUGUUUUGGCUCAUGAGUUGGGUCACCUAAAAUGUGAUCAUGGUGUAUGGCUUACAUAUGCAAAUAUUCUAACCCUUGGAGCCAAUAGUGUACCUGGCAUUGGAGGUCUGAUAGCUCAAACCCUGGAAGAGCAGAUAUUCCGCUGGCUUCGAGCAGCUGAGUUAACUUGUGAUCGUGCAGCUCUUCUCGUUGCUCAAGACCCUAAGGUUGUCAUCUCUGUCCUGAUGAAAUUAGCUGGUGGAAGCCCAUCUUUGGCUGAUCAACUGAAUGUCGAUGCAUUCCUAGAGCAAGCUCGCUCUUAUGAAAAAGCUUCUUCCAGCCCCGUUGGAUGGUACAUAAGGAAUGCUCAAACGAGUCAACUGUCACAUCCUCUGCCUGUUCUACGGGCUAGUGAAAUUGAUGAAUGGUCAAGAAGUUCAGCUUAUAGAUCUCUUCUGAAACGUGGGAUACCUAUUAGGCCACAACAAAAAUUCUAGCUGUGUCCACAUUGUUCAAAAUGCACAACAGCUCAAGUGCAGUGAAGCAAUGGUGAAACACCCUGGAAAGCAAUAAGUUUUAUUUAUUAAGGAUCUACAGUACAGCUGAUGCAAAACUAUUACCUCAUACUGGUACUGCAGAUCAGUAAAUCUAUACAUGUAUAUUCAUUUUGAUUAUUAUUAAAAUGGUCAAGCUGUAAGUAGAAUUUUGAUGAUAAGUGGGAUUAUUUUUUCUGGGAACACUGGCCCUUUGAAAGAAAAGAAUUGUAUAUUAUAGAUAUUAACCGACAAGAUAGAAACUCAUCUAUGUAAAUUUCAUGAUUGAAAGAUUUAAGUGUUGUACCUUAUAAACUUUGUAUGAAUAAUAGUAAGUACAUAUAUAAAAAAAUUCUUUGGCAGCAUA